AUGUUUAACUAAAAUGCGACUAUAAAACAUCAGAUAUUAAAAGAAUACGUUCUACAGAAUUGUGUCACAAACAAAAUAAACGUUGGCCCACUUUUGUUGAAUUAUUCGCUAAAACCGUUGAGUUCCACAUUAAAGAUCAAAGCGAGACUACAUGGAGUUAGUUAAAUUAAUGGCUAGAAUUAGUUGUUAUUAUUAGUAUUGUAUUUUAAAGUAUUGGUUUAUUGGAAUAGUGAAAAUUUGCGUCAGAUAUGACGGGUGAACGGCGUUAGGCGCACGUGGCCGGACGCAACCGUGUUGUGACAACUUUAUUUGUGAAUCGUGUCGUGUCAAAAUUAAUCUUCUGUGAGUGCUAUGACAAAUUGUAGCCCGUGUUAAUUAUUCUGUGACCAAUGGACGUAUUCCUGUUACUCUUCAAAGGCCUUAAAAUUGAUGAUGUAAGUUGUCGUAGGUACAUGCUAGAUGGCGUUGCUCGCGCAUGUUGAGCGAGGCUAGCCGCUAAGCUGUCAGUCGCGCGCCGACUACCCGAUGGGAAAGACGUCCGGAGGGCGCCCCGACGCAGGAGUCCGUGCUCAGAGAUUCAGUAGCCGCAGAGAGUCGGGUGUAGCGUGGGGGCGCCGCGGGCGGGGCGUUGCUGGCGCCCGGGGCGCGAGCGGCGCGUGGCGGCGACGCGAGCGAGCUGGACACCCGCGCAGGCCCAUGGAGAUCCUCACCAGCAUCUACGCGCUGCUCGCUGGAGGGCAAGGAAUUAAUCCAAAGAUCGAUUCAAUAGCCUUCCGACUACAUUGUGGAGCAACAACGGCCGCGCUUCUUGCUGCCAGCGCUGCACUGACCACGCGCCAUCUUGUGGGAAACCCCAUAGACUGCAUUCACACAAGGGACAUCCCGGAGGACGUCCUGAAUACCUACUGCUGGAUCCACUCAACCUUCACGGUGGCUGGCGAGGCGGGCGCUUACCCCGGCGUGAGGGGAGCGGGGAACUCGCCUCGCCGCUACGGGAAAUACUACCAGUGGGUCGCUUUCUCGCUGUUCCUGCAGGCAAUGUUGUUCUACGCUCCACGGUGGCUUUGGAAGUCGUGGGAGGGAGGCAAGAUCCGCGCUCUCAUGAUGGAUCUGGAUGUGGGGGUCUGCACCGAGAUUGAGAAGAAGACUAAGAAGAAGCUGAUCCUGGACUAUCUCUGGGAGAACCUGCGCUACCACAACUGGUGGGCCUACAGAUACUAUCUGUGUGAGGGGCUGGCUCUUAUUAAUGUUAUAGGACAAAUGUUCCUAAUGAACCGGUUUUUUGACGGCGAGUUCAUGACGUUUGGGCUGGAUGUAAUCGCCUACAUGGAGUCCGACCAGGAAGACAGGGUUGAUCCUAUGAUAUAUAUAUUUCCCAGAAUGGUAAAGUGCACACUAUUCAACAAGUUCGGAUCGUCCGGCGAAGUGGAGCGACACGACGCUCUCUGCAUCCUGCCACUUAACGUUGUCAACGAGAAGAUCUACGUUUUCCUCUGGUUUUGGUUCGUCAUCCUCGGCAUCCUCACCUUCAUCACGCUCGUCUACAGAAUUGUUAUUAUAUUCUCUCCACGCAUGCGGGUCUACAUGAUGAGAAUGCGCUUCAGACUCGUCAGGAGAGACAACGUCGAUACCAUCGUUCGGAGAAGCAAAAUGGGCGACUGGUAUCUUCUAUAUAUUCUCGGGGAGAACCUUGACUCAGUCAUAUUUAGGGACAUCAUGCACGAGUUUGCGAACAAAUUAAAUCACAACUACCAACAUCAUAUCCAUGGCGUUCCUGACGCGUGACCUCCGGUCCCAGGGUGGGUGUUCCACACGUGACUGACGUCGUUACAGCGCCACAUGGACCCGCCUGUCUGAGUGCGCUGUACAUAACCAAGUGUCUAUAGACUUCAUUAAUAUUUCGUGUUCAAUGUAUGAGCGAUGCAAAGCGGACCCAAUUAGUCGCAUUGGGGCACCCCACGCCCACGCUGGACAAUAUUAGCCGCGGAGUGUAUCAUAUUAUAUCAAAGACUUGUUUAAAUGAUAUUUGUAAUUGUAAUAGUGCAAUUCUAAAACGCAAUAAUAGAUUGUACUUAAUGUUAAGAACGUGAUCUCAGGAUAAAAUCUGUCAAAGGCCUUUAUAAACUCAUCGACGGCUAUUCAGUUAGAGUGUCUAGUGUUCAACUUUUAGAAGUACUUUUACUUGUAGUUUGGCUGCUCUUAGAAAUUGUUUGUCGGGAAUGCUUCGUUACUAUACCAUAGCAAUAAUAAUAUUAUGAGGAUAAGCACACAGAUUGCACACCACUUAUCUUUUUACACGAUUUCUCACUUGCAAAAUGUUUCAGACCAAAUAUGAAAUUAAAAGCAAUAAUAUUAGCGUUAAGAAUUGGCAAAGCAUUUCGAUGUAAGGUAAAAUGUUAUUUAGAAAAAUAUAUAUUAAAUAUUUGGCGUAUCUGCCACGUGUGUACUCUUUUGUGAGCCAAAAGACAUAAUUAAAUAAGCCACCAACAAGAGUGGAACAAAAAAUGGUAUGAGUCGAAUAUGGAACCCGAUUCAAAGGACAUCUUAAAAGAUUUUGUAUUCACGGAAUAAAAUAGAUUUCAAUCUGUUGGAUUCGUUCGACUAAAUAUUCCAUUUCAAUUUUAAUUGAACGUGCUUAGUUCGGAAUUAUCUAUUAUUAAAAUUGAGGAAUGGUUGGGUUAUGUAAGGGGCUCAGACAAAGGAAUAAUAUACCGAGAGCGUAACUGGAAAGUGAAGUCAGAAAAAGGAAACCAAAAGAACUUUUGCUUGCGGGUACGGAGAAUUGAGACUGAGACUCUAAAACGAUAAAAAAAGAAGUAAGGAUUGUAUUUCUAAGAUAUUCCUUUAUCUAUCUUUACUUUCGAGAAUGCGCUGUGUAAAUCUUUUGUUUUGAGGUUAGUGAUUACAUCUGUUGAAGUUGUUGUGUUUAAGUAGUUUAUAAUGUGAUGGUUGUUUGUGAGUAACAAUGUAAGCAAUUUUAGUAUCUGUUUUCUUAUCUGCCAAUAAUGAUAUAAUUUAGCUAACUCAAUAACUAAAGUAUUAUUAAAUUACGUAAACAUGAAUACUGCCAUUGGUAUAGAUAUGAUCGACUAUCGAACAUUCUAGUGCAUUUCAAUAUUUAUAUCUCGAGUACUUGGCUUCGAAAAUCGGCGGGAUUAACGGGACGGCUUGUUCAAGGUGAUUUUUUAUUUAUUCAGAUUUAUUUCAUGUCGUUUUAGUUAGCUCCGAUCAUUUUGUUGUUGAAAUUUUAAUGUGAUUCAAUGUUUAAUUAAUAUUGAUGGUUUUGCUUUGUGAUUGUUUAAAUUUUUAAAAUUUUAAAUAUCAAGUCACUUUAUAGGUUAUCUCUUCAAGACACAGGCAAGUAAUAUUUGCUAUGGGAACUAUUGUUGAUUUUCGAGAUUCGUUAGUUACGUUUGCCGAAACAGUAUUAUUGAUGUAUUUUUUAUUUGUUUUAUUACUCUGUCCCAGGUGCUGUGGUUCGCUGUGGUAUAGGUAGUUUUCUUUUUAUGCAUUUUAUAAAUGAUCAAAUCUAUAAAGCUUUAUAAUCUAAUCAUUUUAAUUGCUUGUUAUAAUGUACUUUAAAAUAUGUUAUCGUGUAUUUGUUAUUUAUUUAUGCCUUGAGAGGCUGCACGUUCCAACCUAUAAAAUAUACACAUGGCACUCAUCCAAAAAUGCAGAGUUUCGGAGCUAAAUACUUUAUCUCUAGUCAUUUAACUUGUAAUUGUAAACUUAAAGUGCUGCAAGACUUAGUAUAGGUAUUACGGAUUAAGUAAAGAAGACGAAAUAUGCCAUUUCACGUUGAAAGAAAAGGUUUCCCGAAAAAAUUCGCAUAUAAAUCUAAUUAAAUCUAGAAUAUUAAAUGAACAUUAAUGCUUUGAUCGUUAUAAGAAUACAAGAAAAUAUUCGGGUUAGCUUAGACUAUAUUAUGAUAAGAAAAGAUUUCACACUUAUAUUUGUAGUUCAUUGAAUGUCUAAUUUCAUGCAGCAUUUAAUUUACAAUUACAAGUAUAAUCAUCUUAAUACUCAUCAGUAAUUGUAGAAUGGAACGCCAAUAAUGUGCCAAAAAUAGAACGGUGUAUAAGAAGGGAAGUUACCUUGAAAAUAUCAAAUAAAUUAUGGAAAAAAUA